AUGCAGCAGAUCCAAAGUCCAAGUUUCGUUCUUAUGUUGGUUGUCCUGUUAUGUGGUCGAAUCGCACUGUCGCAGAAUGCCCCGAAUGCGGACCAGUAUGGCGAUGAUGUUCGCGUUGAAGAAGAAGGGGACAAUUCGAUGAAAGAAGCAGUGGUUUCUGAAAAAGAUUUGAAUGAAGAAGAGGAGGUGAAAGUGCAGGAGGUAGGUCCUUCUCCUGAUGCCGAUUGUUACCUGCUCUUUACGAACCCCGUAAAGAACUUGGAAUUUCCGGCUACAGAAGUCAUCAGGUUCUUGGUAGGAUUUUGGAACAAAGGAUCCGAUCAUUUCACCGUCGACAGCAUGGAAGCCAGUUUUCGCUACCCGAUGGAUUUUUCGUUUUAUAUUCAAAACUACACCCCCGUAGCUUUUAACAGAGAUGUAAAUCCGAACACCGAAGCCACAUUCGACUAUUCGUUUAUGACAAGCGACACCUUCGCCGGAAGACCUUUUGGUUUUGUGGUCAAUUUGAACUAUCGAAAUUCGAACGGAACUAACUUUGUUAGUACGGUUUUCAACCAGACGAUAACCGUGAUCGAAGACGAAACCGGUAUUAAUCCAGAAACCAUAUUUCUGUACGUCGUUUUCGUCUGCCUCGGCAUAUUGAUGCUUCUACUCCUUCAACAGCUGAUUUCAAACUUCAGGCGGAAACAUGCCGUAACCAAACGUUCAACGCCAAUCGAAAUGGGCACUUCUAACAUGACCGACGUAGAUUUUGAAUGGAUCCCGAAAGAAAUAUUAGACAGUGGUACGAUUGGUAAUUUUAUUUCUGUCUUUACUUGUGCUUUGUUAUACAAGGAAAGAUACGUAUCAUCCCCCACUGAAAAAUUAGGCUAG